UGGUGACAUUGUUAAGAUGUCUGACGGUCGUGGUUUACUUUUCUUUUGACAAAAUUUAGAAAGAUCGGAACUUAACUGGAGUUUCGACGAUUAAGUCUAAUAACCUUUCUUCACAUGUAACUGCAGUCUUCUGACCUAGUUAUGGGAAAAACGAUCAAGUGGAAAAAGAGACAAGGCGACCCAGGGGAGAACGGGGACGAAUCGACGGAGUCGUGCGACGAAAAUGUCAAGUCCGCAUGUCCUCAUGUCGCAAAAGCCGUCGACCUGACUCGGCUGAAGAAGGCACUGAAGAUCGGAGGCUUCGAGAAGGAGUGCGCGGAGUGUUUGAAGAGUACGAAGACGGAGGUGUCUGACCCAGAUUUUGUGGAGGACCUUUCUCUGUGGAUGUGUCUAAGAUGUGGCUCGCAACUCUGCGGCCGCGCUCGUAACCAGCACGCUUUGAACCACUUCAACCGCCCGCACUCGGACUCCCACGCGUUAACCGCUAAUACCACGACCUGGGCAAUCUACUGUUACAACUGCAAUGAUGAGGUUACAGCCACCAGCUCGAAAAAGCUACAUGAAUGUAUUGAGUACCUUAAAAAACAGGCUUUGUCUGGUGGCAGUACAAAAUCCUUGCCACCAAUAGAAUUGCCACCGCCAGAGACAAUAAUAAAAACUGAUUAUACUUUUAAAGGCAAAGACAAAGCCAUGGGUUUCACCGCGCAGCGAGUGAGAGGUCUCUCUAACUUAGGAAAUACUUGUUUCUUCAACUCGGUCAUGCAGUGUUUAGUGCAAACACCGUACCUGCUGCCUGUGUUACAAGAGAUGUCAGCGACAGGGGAGCAGUUUACGCUGCCAGGGGGCAAGUUGAAUAUGAAGCUGGAUGGUGAGGAGAAGGAAGUUGAGCUGCCCCCUAUCACAGGCCAGUUGUCAGAGUGGGGACCAUUGACUAGGACUCUAGCAGAGACUUUGUCGGACUUGCAAUCAGGAGAAGGAGGAGUGUACACCCCUCGCAAGCUGCUCUCGGCGCUGGUGAACAAGCUGCCUCAGUUCGGGGGCGGCGACCAGCAUGAUGCUCACGAGCUAUUGAGGCACCUUCUAGAGGCAGUCAGAUCGGAGGACCUAAGGCGCUACCAGGCCGUGAUUCUCAACAGCCUGGGCAUGAACUCUAAAGUGGACCCGUCCAAGGUGGACGGGGAGGUCAAGCAGAAGGUCAAGUUCUACGGCCAGCAGGCUUCGGACACCAUGCUGAGGCCUGAACAGGUGUUCCGCGGUUUCCUGGUGUCGACACUGGAGUGCCAGGAGUGCUUCAACCACUCGGACCGCACGGAGUACUUCCUCGACCUGUCGCUGCCCGUCGCCGCGUCCCGCCCGCAGCCGCCCGCGGUCGUCCGCAGGAAAACUCCCAAUGAGGAGAUGUACAAUCAGUACAACACUCAGGAAGAGAAUAAACCCUCGAAGCACCAGCUCAAAAAGGAGCGCAUCGCGGCAAGGAAAGCGGCCAGGAAGAACAAAGGUAAUUCCACGUCAAAGGAAGAAUCUACCCCCGAGUCGAACGCCAAAAAAGAAGACGGUAAGUCUUCUUCUGAACAAUCCGAUGCCGACGUAGAAGAUAACCUAGAGGAUGCCCCGCGACGAGCAGACACCCACAGCACCUCCGUAGGGACACAGGCCAUCGCCCACACCGCUGCCAACUUCGCCCAUUACCUCAAUAUGGAGUCCGGCUACAACUCCGAGAAAGUCAUCAGCUCUGACUCCAUCCGGACCAGCCCCGUGCAUUUAGCAGAAAAGGAAACUCCCGAGGAAAAUGGCAAAGAGUAUGUCGACUCCUCCACAUCUACUAUGGCUGUCCCCCUCGAAUACAAACCUCUCGCACCAUUCGAAAACCUGUCCAAUCCUGACUCUGGAGUAGCGAGCCCGGAAGCAACGAAACACAACUCUACUGAGACAGUUGACCAUGUCGACUCACCAACUGAUAACAAGGAGCUUGGCAGUCCCAGUUCACUCUCAAGCGAGAUCAAUUUAGAGUUGACUGAACCAAGUCCAGGCACGGAACCAGAAAGACCAGUCUCCAGGAUCGCUUUCGCUCCAGAGUAUACCAAUAAAGUCGUGUCCAGAGGCAUCAGUGUAGCUGGAUCCAGGCAGUUGUUGGAACAGAGCGGAGACAGCAGUUACGAAUCUCCGCCUGACGCGAAACCGGCAGAGACAGAAUUGACGAAUCACGUCGAAGUCACGAACAAACUUGAUAAGCUCAAACUAGAUAUGGAAGAGAAGACUCUAAUAGUCCCUCCAGCCCCGGCCUUACCGGCCCCGUUACCGCGGCCGACGCUCGGAGGCGCCGACGAUAAAGGUCUCAUGGAUUUCCUGUCCUACUCCCGCAAUUCUACUCGCCACGUAUGCGACGAGGACGAAUGCAGCGUCGCGUCCUGUCUCAGCCAGUUCACAGCUCUGGAACUGCUCACUGGGAACAACAAAGUCGGAUGCGACACUUGCACUAAGCGAGAAGGCCAGGAAGGAGGCAAAACUGUCUACACGAAUGCUACUAAACGCUUCUUAGUAGCCAGCGCUCCGGCUAUCUUGAUCCUACAUUUGAAGCGUUUCCAGCUCGGACCUCGCUGCAUGUUCCGGAAGAUGUCAAAGCAUGUAGACUUCCCGGCCAUCUUAGACUUAGCACCAUUCUGUGCUAUGGACAAGCUUCGCAAGCAGCCCGGUAUCAACCGAACACAGGAACAAGUUUUAUACUCUCUAUAUGGAGUUGUUGAGCACUCCGGAGGUAUGCACGGUGGGCAUUAUGUCGCAUAUGUGAAAGUUAGGGCUCCAUUACGGCGUGAUCAUCCUCGCUGGGGCUUCCUACCUAAGAGUGCUAAUGUAGCACCUCCUGCUGCUGAAGCCCCGGAGGCUCCGGAACCUGACUCUGAGUCCGAACUCUCUGGAUACGAGUCCGGGGAAGGAGCACCAAUGCCCGACUCCCCGCCUGGCAAAUGGUACUAUGUCUCCGACAGCAUGGUCUCAGAAGUCUCCGAGGACAAAGUAUUAAGAGCGCAGGCCUACCUCCUCUUCUAUGAGAGGAUCCUAUAAGCCUAAUUUACCAGCGUGCUGUAUAUAGCUUGUUAGCUUUUCCUUUCCUAGUUAAUGGUUACCGCGGUGUUCCGUGUUACUCUUGUUUCGUUUAUCCUUAGGACAGGUGACCGUUGCUCGCCCCAAAACGCUGUCCUAGCGACGAUAUUUUGUAUUUUUUACGGCUCUACGCCUCAUGUACAGCUCGUAUUAAUAAACCGUCAAAUGAUAUCUUGCUCUAGCUAUAAAGAAAAUAGCUGCUUUUCUCAUUGAUUUUGACGUCCAGGGGGCGUAGCCGAAUGGCAUUUCUGCGACGCCAACGCCACCGAAACGCCUUAGGAAUAUAGUCUGGCUCUGUCGCACCAAUACUCAAGAGCGAUAAAGAUAGAUCUACGAAAGAGAUAUUAUCGUGAGCGUUUGUGCAUUCGCCUACGCACACAGUUACACAGCUUCGAUAAAUUUGAACUUAUGUAUAUAAUUUUUCAUUCACCUACUUCUCACUUAUGUCACUAAUUUAGAAGCUAAACAGAAAAACUUUAUUAUAAAUAGGUUCAGACGAAACUAGUGCUUUAAAAGGCCUCUCUAUAACCGUCAGUGCUGGCAAUCAGAUUAUACUAUACUGAUAACAAGCAAUGUUUUCACUAGCCUGUCUGAAACUAGUUAGAAAAUAAAGAAUCAACCAUCGAGUAUUAGGUUCUCGAAAUUGAAGUUUUUCGAGCAUCAGCUUUUCUCAACACGUUCACUGCUAGUGCUUAGCUAAAAAGCCAAACUGAGGCAGUAUGACGUCAUAGCGCUGAAUGGGUUAACAUUUGUGUGGUAUCUGACUGCAUUUUAUUAAUACGAGUCUUAGUCAUUGCAGAUAAAAAACGAUGUAUAAGGGCCAUUUUGUUUAAAGUUGUACCACUAAUUACACUUUUCUAUUUAUAAAUGUUAUUUUUUACUCAACAUCUUGUACUUUUUCGAAUAUCAUAUGAGAAAAAUAGUGUCCCGAGAUUUUUAUUCCCAUUCUGUAGCCAUUUUUUUUUAGAUUUUAUGAUGGUAACAAACAGAAAGAAGAAUGAAUUUUUCAUAUAUUGAUGACAGUAACGGAAGGGAAAAAUUAAAUUUUCAUAAAUUUAUGGCGGUAACGGAUUGGAAAAAAAAUCAAGUUCCAAAAUUCAUAUACACUUUUUUCCUAUUACGAUCAAAACAGUUCAUUAUUGAGUACAAAUAACAUAAAAAAAUUGAGAAGUGUAGUUUGCAAGUUUUACCAACUGUAAAUAAAAUGACCUGUCUAAGGAAUUGAUAACAAUGAAUUAGGGUACUGUUUGGUGCGUUCGAUGUACUGCGAUAUAUAGUUACUCGCAUAAGACGUAAUAUUAAGCCGUCUUACAUUUUAAAAGUUAUUUUAUUCGUGAACGUUACAUAGCGGUUCUCACUAAGUUUUAAAUGUUUAACGUUCGGUUUUUAACGUAUUUAUUCUUUUCUGUAUUUAUGUUUGUCAUUUGUUGUUUUGUGGCCCUGAGAAGUGAGACUACAGGGUGGUUCGGUAGACGUGAUCAGGAAAAAAGACGACCAAAAAGGUGACUUCGAGUUGAUGUAAACAUUCUUGCUUGACAAAAUACAAGAUGUAAGGUUUUACAUAUGGAUCACUAUGAAUUUAAACCUUGGUUUUAUGGAAUUUAAUAAAUAUGCGUUUAUGGGUGUAUCCUCUAGAGUCUAGGUCAUCUACCAAAGAAGCUGAUUAAACUAAUUAACACCAAUAAUUGUUGGUUCUAUACGGAACAAUGCAAAAAAAUAUGUUUCAUGUAGGUAUCCUAAGUGACAAGGUUGUGUUUACAUUUAUUUUUCGCCCGUACGUAUCGAUGUUUUUAGACGUAACUACAAUUUCAUCAUUAUACCGUUUUGUCAAUUAGGCAGCGUCCCCACUUAGGCGUCACGUGUCUCGCGGCGCGCAACUGACGUCUCAGCCACGCCGCCUGAAUGUAAUUCAAAAAACGUCUCCUCAGUACAUUUUGUAUAGGAAGGACGUAAGACGCGCCCCAGGCGGCGUGGCGCGCGCCGCGAGACACGCGACGCCUAAGUGGGGACGCUGCCUUAGAUAUUGUAAUGUGUCUAAAGUAAAAAGUUGACCAUGAUAUUGUAAACAAUUUUAUUCCUGUUCACGUCUCCUAAAUCACCCUGUAUAAGUAUAUAGGGUGUCCUAUGUUCUCCAUAGUCUUCCACUGAAGUGUCAAGCCUGUAUAAAUCUGGUACAUUAUCAUUAAAUGCCAUUCGUAAUAAUGAAAUUAGCGUAGUUAUUUAUUGUAAUGAGAUGUUUUAACAUUUUACUGCUAAGUCGUUCUCAUGAAACUGACAGAACUAUUAAAUCUAAACCAUGUAGUUAAAAAUCUUAUGAACCCACUGCUUUAAAGCUGCUACCAUACAAAAGCAGUUCGGCUCUCAUUUUAACACGCAAUACUCACGCCUGUGUUUCCAAAAGGGGUCGGCAGAGCACAUGAAGCUGCUCAAGUUUCAGUGCUACUCUUAGCAAUUAAAGGGUUAAAAUAAAAUAAAAUUGUGAUAUAACAUCUAGAAAAUCGCAGACAACUAACACUACUAGAUGUUGUGUUUGCCGGUGAGUAAAGUUACCAGGGCUCAACAAAGAUGCGUUGUUAGAAUCGGCAACGCGCAAGUAUUACCUCUGGAGUUGAAGGCGUCCAUAAGCUACGGUGACUUACUCUCGGAAGAGCUGUCACCGAAAUAAAUGUUAUACAAAGAGGAGUAGAACUUUUGUAUGAAAUAAAUUAAAUAUAGCUAAAAUUGUAAGAGCUGUUUUUAUGGCGGUGGUUUCAUGAGACUUCAAUAUGAACGACUGUUAUUUUAAUAAUUGCUUGAUUCGAUUGUUUUGUUGACGCUCUCAUCGUGCAUUUUAUUAAUCAUGUCACAAGGAAGUAAAUUAGGGCGAGGACAGACAGAAACCCGAGCGUAGCGGGGAUUGCAAUUGCCGUCCGAGUCUUUAUGGCCUGAUUUAGACGGCGUGCGAACUCGCAUGCGAUUUUAGUUACAUUGCGGGCUGUUAAGGUUACAUAUAAUUUUGCACAGCCAUCAAAUACCGCAAUGUAAUAAAACUCGUAUGCGACUUCUCGUCUAAAUAUGCCCUUAAACACUUAUAAAAUACUGUUUUAGUCUUAAAUAUGAAGUUACAUUAACUUCUAAUUCAGGACUAACAAGUAUGAGAAGUGUUAUAUUUUUCCGUUUAAUCUAUUAGUGUUCCAAUAAGCAAGUUUAAAAGAAGCUUACUAUAAUACUGUCUUUGCCAUUUGCAGUGUGCAAUGCCAAACUAAUUAGUACUACUUGUUCAAGAGUAUCUAAGCAUUCAUUAGCCGGGUCCACACCGACCGAGCAGCCUCGCGAGGCAUAUUCACGCUCGCAAAACAUGCACUACUCACGGCGAUAAAUAUGUGCACUUGUGCAGGACUAUUUUGAACAGCUGACGCCAUCUUGCCGAGUAAAUUGCCUCGCGCGAGGCAAACGCGGACAAGCACGGACAUUUUGCGAGCGAGGGUGCUGUCAGUGUGGACCCAGCUAUUUAAUUUCUACUAACACCCUAGCUGUCUAGAUCUCCUGCAAAGUUUCAGACUGAUAUUAUAGUUAGAUUCUAGGCCUAGUCGAUUGGAUUCUAGAAUUGUAAAGACGUUAUUUUAGAAUCUAAAGUAAUGUCCUGACUCAAAACUGGACAAUUUCGUUUUAAAAUAGUAACGUACGUUUUCAGUAAUAUAGUGACUUCAGUACGAAUUCAAGGCAAUAGUAGGCUGAUUUGAAGUCUUAAUGUUCGAUGUAGACGUGCCUCGGUCGAGGCAGCAGGCACUAUUUGCUCGGAAGCAACCUAGCCUCGGUCCAAGCUUGUCUAGCUGCUUCGCUCUUGGGAUUGAAAAGGUAGCUUAACCAGCCAGUGUUUUCUCACAUAUCUUAUUUACAGUCACUUUAUUACUAAAAUUGUUACUAAUAACACAUAACCCUCCUUUUUGGGGCAGCCGGCUAAGCUAAGCCCACUUUAAAGUAUGCAUUUGCCAGGUUUUCCGCGAAGUUAGUUGUCUAUGUUGAUUUAUAUAUUAUUUGAUAAAUUUUGUAUAUUGAACUCCAAACAUAUUAUUGCGUUAACUGGUGUAUUAAAAUAAAAUAUGAUUUUAAAACGUC